ACCCAAUGAAGAGGUUCGAUUGAGGUUUUCACUCCUUAACCCCCUUAGCAAAUCCAAACCCAGUCAGCGAGAGCCCUUGUGCCCUCUUGCCAGGUUUCUCUCUAGUUCCUCCGAGCGUUCUUCAUAUCCUCUACGCCGUUUUUCUCGCCGGCUAGUCUUUCUUCGUCUCUUCGUUCAAUUCUCAAAUUCCUAUCGCCUUCCUCGAGCGCUCACCGGUGUUUUUUUGUUCAUUUUUAAUCUGUCUUAGCUUUGUAUAAUAUCGUCGCCGGUAAAUUGCUGGCUUUUGUUGUUUCACUACUAUUUCUUCGCCGUCACCUUAUCUCUUCGCCUGUUUUGCUUUUAUCUUAUCCAAUUGCGGUUGCUGUUGUAGCUUCGAGUUUAGUAAAUCCACAUCAGAGAAAACCCUAAGAAUACAGAUUGAGAGCAUAACUCCCAGUCUCAGAUUUUUUGUUUCAGCUUUCGAAAUCCUAGAAUCUUGAAGAGGUAGUUAAAUUAAAAGGAAGCAAGAUGAGGAUUAUGAUAAAAGGUGGUGUGUGGAAGAACACCGAGGAUGAGAUCCUUAAAGCGGCUGUUAUGAAAUAUGGGAAGAAUCAGUGGGCACGAAUCUCUUCACUUCUUGUUCGUAAAUCUGCUAAGCAGUGUAAAGCUCGCUGGUAUGAGUGGCUCGAUCCGUCCAUCAAAAAGACUGAGUGGACUCGGGAAGAGGAUGAGAAAUUGCUUCAUCUUGCUAAACUUAUGCCAACUCAAUGGAGGACAAUUGCCCCAAUUGUUGGCCGUACUCCAUCUCAGUGCCUAGAGCGUUAUGAGAAACUUCUCGAUGCAGCCUGUGUUAAGGAUGAGAAUUAUGAAGCUGGUGAUGACCCACGAAAAUUGCGUCCUGGAGAGAUUGAUCCAAAUCCAGAAUCCAAACCUGCACGUCCUGAUCCUGUUGAUAUGGAUGAAGAUGAGAAGGAAAUGCUUUCUGAAGCACGAGCUCGAUUAGCGAACACUAGGGGCAAGAAAGCGAAAAGGAAAGCAAGAGAAAAACAACUUGAAGAGGCCAGGAGGCUUGCUUCCUUGCAAAAAAGGAGAGAACUGAAAGCAGCUGGUAUUGACACACGACAUCGUAAGAGGAAAAGGAAGGGUAUUGACUAUAAUGCAGAAAUUCCUUUUGAGAAGAGGCCUCCUCCUGGCUUUUUUGAUGUUGCUGAUGAAGAUAGACCAGUGGAACAGCCUAAGUUCCCAACUACAAUUGAAGAACUAGAAGGCAAAAGAAGAGUUGAUCUAGAGGCUCAAUUGAGAAAGCAGGAUAUUGCAAAGAAUAAAAUUGCUCAAAGGCAGGAUGCCCCAUCAGCUAUACUACAAGCAAACAAGUUGAAUGAUCCAGAAACAGUAAGGAAAAGGUCAAAACUGAUGCUUCCCGCGCCGCAGAUUUCAGACCAUGAAUUGGAGGAAAUUGCAAAGAUGGGAUAUGCGAGUGAUCUUCUUGCUGGAAGUGAGGAACUAACUGAAGGGAGUGGUGCAACACGUGCUCUUCUGGCAAAUUAUGCUGACACACAACGGCAGGGAGUGACACCAUUGCGAACACCACAGAGAACUCCUGCCGGCAAGGGUGACGCUAUUAUGAUGGAAGCAGAAAAUUUGGCUCGGUUGAGGGAGUCUCAAACACCAUUAUUGGGAGGAGAAAAUCCAGAAUUGCACCCUUCGGAUUUUUCUGGGGUAACUCCCAAGAGAAGGGAGAUCCAAACACCAAAUCCAAUGUUGACCCCUUCUGCAACUCCUGGCGGUGUUGGUUCGACGCCUAGAAUUGGUAUGACACCAUCAAGAGAUGGAUACUCUUUUGGUGUGACACCAAAAGGAACUCCCAUCAGGGAUGAACUUCGUAUAAAUGAAGACAUGGAUAUGCAUGAUAGUGCAAAACUUGAGCAGCGAAGACAGGCUGAUCUGAGAAAGAACUUGCGGUCUGGUCUCAGUAAUCUCCCACAACCCAAGAAUGAAUACCAAAUAGUUAUUCAACCUCCUCCAGAAGAUAAUGAAGAACCGGAGGAGAAGAUUGAAGAGGAUAUGUCUGAUAGGCUUGCUAGAGAAAAGGCUGAGGAAGAAGCGCGGCAACAGGCAUUGCUUAGGAAGAGGUCUAAAGUGCUGCAGAGGGAACUCCCCAGGCUUCCUGCUGCUUCAUUGGAACUAAUAAGAAAUUCUUUACUGAGAGCUGAUGGAGAUAAGAGUUCCUUUGUUCCUCCUACAUCAAUUGAACAGGCUGGUGAAAUGAUACGAAAGGAACUUCUAAGCUUACUUGAGCAUGAUAAUGCAAAAUAUCCACUAGAUGAGAAGCCGAAUAAAGAGAAAAAGAAAGGAGCAAAGCGCCCUGCAAAUGCACCUGCUGCUUCUAUCCCUGUGAUAGAGGAUUUUGAAGAAGAAGAGCUAAAAGAAGCUGAUGAUUUGAUUAAGGAAGAAGCUAAUUAUAUUCGUGUGGCAAUGGGUCAUGAAAGUGAAUCUCUUGAUGAAUUUGUUGAAGCACAUAAAACAUGUCUGAAUGAUCUUAUGUACUUCCCCACUCGAAGCGCUUAUGGUCUCGCAAGCGUUGCUGGAAAUGUGGAGAAACUUACAGCCUUACAGAAUGAGUUUGACAGUGUUAAAAUGAGGUUAGAGGCUGAAAGAGAGAAGGCAUUACGCCUUGAGAAGAAGGUUAAUGUUCUUACACAAGGUUAUCAGACAAGGGCAGAAAGGCAGCUAUUGCCACCAAUUGAGUCAAUUUUAAAGCAGCUGGACACUGCUGGAACUGAACUGGAGUGCUUCCAAGCUCUGCAGAAGCAAGAGCAAUUAGCAGCCUCACACAGGAUCAAUGGCCUUUGGGAGGAAGUUCAGAAGCAAAAGGAACUAGAGCAAGAUUUGCAAAGACGAUAUGGAGAUCUUGUAGCUCAGCUGGAAAGGACACAACAUAUCAUUAAUCAUUACAGAGCAAUAGCAAAGCAACAAGAAGAAAUUGAUGCAAGAAAUCGAGCACUUGAGUUGGCAGAGAAUGCAGCAAAGCCUGCUGCCUUGCCAAACUCAGAAACAUCUGAGCCUUUACCGUCAAAUGACUUUGGAAAUUCUACACCAGUCAAUUCAUCUGAUGUUGAUAUCUCAGAGCAGAAAAAUUCAUCUGAUGUUGACAUCUCAGAGCAGAAAACAAAUGAUGCUGAAGAUCAUGUUAUUACAAGUCAAGAACAUGACAUGGAUGCUGAUUCAGAGAAAGAGCAGACACCCAUGGAUGUAAACUUAUCUAAUGAUGUACCUACUUCGGUUGUUUCCGAUGGGAAGAAUCUGAACGAUGAAUCUGCUGAUGGGAAUGCUGGUGAGAUUGCAGAGGUUGUAAAGGAUGGUGCAGUUGCUGAGGACCAACAAAAUAUUGUGGAAGCCACGAACUUAGAUGAUGAUGUCACCAAACAAGGAGGCAGUAGCGAAGAUGGCAGGGAAAAGUUAGUCAAGGCUGAGGAAAAUGCGGCCAAUACUGAACACGAUGGAGGGAGAGAGUCCUAAAAUUGUGGAUGGGAAGGAAAGCUCAAAAUUGCAUGAAAACUUUUCCUUAAUUUUUGACAAACUUUUGGCGAGGACUGGAGCCCUGAGUUCAAGUGUCUUGUAUGUCCCUUUUUCUGUUAACAUGAAUGGUUAAAAUAUGGGAUUUUUGCGGGGUUGUUCCCGCAGUCUGUCCAUUCUAUGUGUUUUUUACAAGAACUGGACAUGUAUACUCAUGGUUUUGUGCUGUUUUGAAUUCCAUAACAUACCUGCUGGAGAAAUUCCAGUCGUAUGCAUGGUGCGGUGCAACUGUUGUUAUGUCUCGAGUAAUUACCAUACUAUGGCUAUAAAAGGAUAUUGUAUAAUAGUCACUUUCAUUCAAUUAUUAUAUCAAGUUCUAAUUUAAUGGCAAA